CCGUCUGUAUAGGAGGAGCUGACUUCCAGAAGGAGACAAAGCCCGGCUCAUAUCACAGCAGCUUCUCUGCCACAGGGAAGGCAACCACCCACCGUCUUGCACCCUGACUGCAACAUCCUGGUACCCACACUGAAGAGCACCAAGGUCCCUCCCCUACAAUGGUGAAAAUGUUGGACACACUGAGCACCCAGUAUGACUCUUUCAUCUUCUGGAAGCUUCCGAUUCCAGAGCUGGACCUCUCUGAACUUGAAUGCCUGGGCAUAGAAGACAUCAAAAGCCACAGAGCCAAGACCUCAGCAGACAAGAAGAAGGAAGACGGGGAAGAAUAUCUGUCCCAGUACAGUGCCUUCAAUUUUUGGAGGGCUCCCAUUGCCAGCAUCGAUGUCUUUGAUUUCGACCUGUUUUAAAGAUCGUUGUCCCAGCCAUCUGCCUUCUCAGCUUUGGUCAUUCACAAAUUAUAUGCAUUUAUUAUUUAAUUUAUUUUUGUUGCAGGACCCCGGUGGUCUUUCUCAUUCUAUUUGAGCAUUUCAUAGCAAUCUUUCUAUAUGUUCAUUAACUCACUGUACUUAUA